GCUGAAGAAACAAACGGUUAUGAAAUGUUGUUAUAUCCUCUCAUUCCACAAUCUCAAACCAAACAGUAACACAUAAGUUAAUUUCAAAUGUUGUUGUUGUAUUUCAGAAAGCAUAACCGAACAUGAACAUAGGAUACACCAAAUCCACACAACAAUCAUGUCUUUCUCUGUCUCACCGACAUUGCUCACUCUUACACCCAUACCUUCGUCACUUUCAAUAUCAAAGAGACACACACACACUAUUACUAUAACCGCUUCCUCUUCAAUUUCCACCACAAUAACACAUCAUGAUUCAAAUUCCUCUCCACAACACAACAAUGAUAACAAAAAUGUAACUGUUGUUAAGUUCACUUAUAACAGAGCAUCACCUUCAAUUCGAUGGCCAAAUUCCAAACUCUCUGAUAUCUACCCUUCUACGACGACCCAAUUGCCUCAAAACGAUGUUUUCGCCAAAAAGAUUCCAACUUCCGAAACCCCAGAUGAAGAAAUUCAGAAAAAAGACGAAGAAGAAACACGUGAAAUUCUUGGGAACCGUAGCAAGAAGAUGAAGGUGAAAAAGAUGAACAAAUUUGUGUUAAAAAAAGAGAUGAAUUGGAGGGAAAGAGUCAAGUGUUUAACGGAUAGGAUUAUGUGUUUGAAGUCUGAGGAUUUCGUUGGUGAUGUGUUGGAACAACACAGAGUUGUUAUGACACCAACUGAUUUUUGCUUUGUGGUGAAAUCAGUGGGUCAAACUAGUUGGCAACGUGCACUUGAGCUUUAUGAGUGUUUGAAUAUGCAGCAAUGGUAUGCACCUAAUGCAAGAAUGGUUGCUACAAUUUUGGGUGUGCUUGGAAAAGGUAAUCAAGAAGCACUCGCUGUUGAAAUCUUCACAAAGGCUGAGUCAACCAUAGGGGAUAGUGUUCAAGUUUAUAAUGCAAUGAUGGGUGUUUUUGCAAGGAAUGGUAAAUUUGAGAAGGUAAAUGAGGUGUUUGAUAUAAUGCGUGAGAGAGGGUGUGAGCCUGAUAUUGUUAGUUUCAAUACUUUGAUUAAUGCUAAGGUGAAGUCUUGUGUUAUGGUAGUUGGUUUAGCUAUUCAGCUUUUGGAUGAAGUUAGGAAGUUUGGUAUUAGACCAGACAUAAUAACUUAUAAUACACUUAUAAGUGCUUGUUCUAGAGAGUGUAAUUUGAAGGAAGCUAUUGGUGUUUUUAGUGACAUGGAGAUGAACCGUUGUCAACCGGAUUUGUGGACUUACAAUGCGAUGAUUUCGGUUUAUGGUAGAUGUGGGUUUCCUUUGAAAGCUGAGCAUCUUUUUAAAGAGUUGAAGUCUAAAGGCUUUUCACCUGAUGCAGUCACUUAUAACUCUUUGUUGUAUGCUUUUUCGAAAGAAGGAAAUACUGAAAAGGUAAGGGAUAUUUGUGAAGAAAUGGUGAAAAUGGGGUUUGGCAAGGAUGAGAUGACAUACAACACUAUCAUACAUAUGCAUGGAAAGCAUGGCCGGCACGAUGACGCGUUGAAGCUUUACAGAGACAUGAAGUCAUCUGGCAGGAGUCCUGAUGCAGUUACGUAUACUGUUUUGAUUGAUUUGCUUGGGAAAGCAAGUAAGAUUGAGGAAGCUGCAAAAGUGAUGUCCGAAAUGUUGGAUGCGGGCGUUAAGCCCACUUUGCACACAUAUAGUGCUUUAAUUUGUGCUUAUGCGAAGGUUGGGAAGCGAGUAGAGGCCGAAGAGACAUUUAAUUGUAUGUGCCGAUCAGGGAUCAAAGCUGAUCGCCUAGCAUACUCGGUUAUGUUAGAUUUCUUUUUGAGAUUCAACGAGAUAAAAAAGGCUAUGGUGUUGUAUCAGGAAAUGAUUCAGGAAGGCUUCGCGCCAGAUAGCGGUCUCUAUGAGGUCAUGCUACCUGCGCUUGUGAGGGAAAACAUGGAGGAUGUUGUUGAAAGAAUUGUUCAAGAUAUGGUAGAACUGAGUGGAAUGAAUCCACAAGAUAUUUCGUCGGUUCUUGUUAAGGGGGGAUGUUAUGAUCAUGCUGCUCAAAUCUUGAAAGUUGCCAUCAGCAACGGCUACGAAUUGGACCGCGAGAUUUUUUUAUCCAUUAUGAGCUCAUAUAGCUCAUCUGCUAGAUAUUCAGAAGCUUGUGAACUUGUUGAAUUCUUUAGAGAACAUGCUCCCAAUGACAUUCAAAUGAUCACAGAAGCACUCAUCGUUAUACUUUGCAAGGCUGGAAAGUUAGAUGCAGCCUUGGAGGAAUACAGAAACAGGGGAGGAUUUGGUUCGUUUAGGAGUUGUACUAUGUAUGAAUCUCUUAUUCAAGAAUGCAUACAGAGUGAACUAUUUGACAUAGCUUCUCAGCUUUUCUCUGACAUGAGAUUCAGUGGUGUUGAGCUAUCUGAAUGUCUUUACCAGAGUAUGGUGUCUGUCUACUGCAGAGUCGGCUUCCCCGAGACAGCACACCAUUUGUUGUAUCAUGCAGAGGAAAACGACAUUAUUCUUGAUAAUGUUGAUAUUCAGAUUGAUAUCAUUGAAACAUAUGGAAAGCUAAAGAUGUGGCAAAACGCGGAAAGUAUAGUGGAAAAUCUUAGGCAAAGAUGUUCAAAAGUGGACAGAAAGGUCUGGAAUGCUUUAAUACAUGCUUAUGCAUUCAGUGGUUGCUACGAACGAGCUCGAGCUAUUUUCAAUACAAUGAUGAGAGAUGGGCCUUCCCCGACCAUAGAUUCCGUAAAUGGUCUCUUACAAGCUUUAAUUGUUGAUGGUAGACUGAAUGAGCUUUAUGUGGUGAUUCAGGAGUUGCAAGACAUGGGCUUCAAGAUAAGUAAAAGUUCUAUUCUUUUGAUGCUUGAAGCAUUUGCUCAAGCAGGAAAUUUAUUUGAGGUGCAGAAAGUAUACAAUGGAAUGAAAGCUGCUGGUUAUUUUCCUACCAUGCAUCUUUAUAGAAUCAUGAUUGGAUUGUUGUGCAGAUUCAAAAGAGUAAGGGAUGUAAGAGCCAUGUUGUUUGAGAUGGAAGAGGCAGGAUUUAAGCCCGAUCUUCAAAUUUUUAAUUCUAUACUUAAAUUAUAUUCAAGUAUUGAAGAAUUUAAUAACAUGGGUGUCAUUUACCAGAUGAUACAAGAUGCUGGUCUUACACCAGACGAGGAAACUUAUAAUACAUUAAUUAUAAUGUAUUGCAGAGACCAUAGACCAGAAGAGGGUCUGUCACUAAUGCAUAAAAUGAGAAAUCUUGAUUUAGAACCAAAGCGAGACACGUACAGAAGCAUGAUUGCAGCAUUUAGUAAGCAACAAUUGUACGACCAAGCUGAGGAGCUUUUUGAAGAACUUAGAUCGAAUGGUUAUAAACUGGAUCGGUCCUUUUAUCAUUUAAUGAUGAAAAUGUAUAGAACUUCUGGCGAUCAUCAGAAAGCUGAAAAUCUGCUAGCUAUGAUGAAAGAAGCAGGGAUAGAGCCCACUACUGCCACCAUGCAUUUGCUAAUGGUUUCUUAUGGUAAAUCAGGUCAGCCUGAAGAAGCUGACAAAGUUCUUAAAAACUUGAGAACGAGUAGAGCAGUUCUGGAUACCUUACCUUAUACCUCUGUUAUUGCUGCAUAUUUCAAAAAAGGAGAUCUAAAAUCUGGAAUUGAAAAGCUCACAGAGAUGAAGGAAGCGGCCAUAGAACCGGAUCAUCGAAUAUGGACAUGCUUUAUCAGAGCUGCAAGCUUGUCUGAGGGAGUAAAUGAUGCCAUUAAUCUUUUGAAUGCACUCCAAGAUGUUGGAUUUGAUCUCCCAAUCAGGCUUCUAAGAGAAAAAUCUGAAUCUCUAGUUUCUGAGCUUGACCAAUAUCUGAAGAGAAUAGAACAUGUGGAAGAUAAUGCAGCUUUUAACUUUGUAAAUGCUUUGGUGGAUCUCUUGUGGGCAUUUGAACUCAGAGCUACUGCAUCAUGGGUUUUCCAAUUGGCAAUCAAGAGAAGCAUUUAUCGCCAUGAUAUAUUUAGAGUUGCUCAGAAGGACUGGGGGGCUGAUUUUAGAAAGCUAUCUGCUGGCUCAGCUCUUGUUGGUCUUACAUUAUGGCUUGACCAUAUGCAGGAUGCCUCAUUACAGGGCUAUCCAGAGUCACCAAAAUCAGUUGUACUUAUAACAGGAACAGCAGAAUAUAACAAUGUAUCGCUUGAUAGCACAUUAAAAGCAUGCCUUUGGGAGAUGGGAUCGCCUUUUCUACCUUGUAAAACACGGCAUGGUGUCCUUGUAGCCAAGGCUCACUCCCUCAGGAUGUGGCUAAAAGACUCCCCAUUUUGCUUGGAUCUUGAGUUAAAAGAUUCCCCAAAUCUCCCUGAAUUAAACUCAAUGCAACUUAUCAGUGGAUGCUUUAUAAGGCGCGGCCUUGUUCCUGCAUUCAACGAAAUCACCGAGAAACUAGAAGUUGUGAGCCCGAAGAAAUUUUCCAGAUUGGCUUUAUUACCUGAUGAUAAGAGAAGUAAAGUCAUGCAAGCUGACGUCGAGGGAAGGAAAGAGAAGUUGGAAAAACUAAAGUCUGAUCCUCGACGGAUGAGGAAGAUCAAGAAGAUUAGGAAGAAGAAAUUUAUUCGGGAAGCUUUUAUGUACCAAGGAAAUGCAAUUGGGAUACAAAGGACUUUCAAACCAAUCACUGCAGAUCAAAAAAUAGAAAGCAAUAGAAAUGACGACUAAGACAGUGUAAGGUUGUCUGCAAUCACACUCUUAAUGUGCUAUGGCAGAAGCUUUUAUGAAGCAUGCUAUAACAGAAACUCUAUAGCACCAACUUGCCCUUUUUGGUGCAAAACAAGCAAUGACAUGUGAAAUAUUGUACAGAUAGAUAUAGAUAUCUGCCAUUCUUCCUGGCGUCAACAGGAAUUAUUAACCAAAAAUUGUUAUGAACAGUGUUUCCAGGUCUUGUCAUUUCUAAUUCAUUACUAAGUUGGUCGAAUCAUAUUUAGUUUAUA